AUGGCUGAAAUUUUUGAAUAAGAAAAGAAAAAAAUUAACUUUAACCCAAAAGAGCUUUAGCGCUUUUUCUAUUUCAAUUCAGAAUAGAUCGUUAAAGAUGUUACAUAGGGUUUUCAAGAUUUUUCUGCUAAUCCUAAAUUAACUAUUUAACCUAACUUCCAUUCAAUGAGUCGUAUUGACUAAAUCAAGCUCUCUGGCGAAACAUUAAAGGAAAUCAAUUCGUAUAAAGAUUAAAAGUAUAAUUACAACACUUCAUUAGGCAAAAUGAUUGGUGAAUUUUAAUUUCCCUUUGUCAUUCCUUCUGGUGUCCAUUAAAUGAUGUUUAUUCCUACUAUCAAGUAUUUAGGAACUGAAGAGCAAUAAAAGAAAUGGCUACCUCGUAUUUAUUCUUACGAAAUAGUUGGAUGCUAUUGUUAGACUGAGUUAGGACAUGGUUCUGAUGUUCAAAGUCUUGAAACAACAGCUGAAUAUGACGUCAGCACUUAAGAAUUCGUAAUUAAUUCUCCAAGUUUAACUUCAACUAAGUGGUGGGUUGGCGAAUUAGGAGUUUGGGCUAACCACGCUUUAGUUUUUGCAUAGCUUCAUAUCAAAGGCAAAAAGCAUGGAGUUCAUCCUAUUUUGGUCUAAAUUAGAGAUUUAAAAACACACUAACCUCUUCCCGGAAUUGUAGUUGGUGACAUUGGUCCAAAAGUUGGAUACAACGUCAAAGAUAAUGGAUUUAUUAGAUUCAACAAUAUCAGAGUUCCAAGAGAAAAUAUGCUCAUGAAAUACUCAAAAGUUUCCAAGGAUGGCUUGUUUACUCAAAGAGGCAAUCCAAAAAUUGCAUAUGCAGGUAUGCUUGAAACUCGUUUAGGAAUUAGCUGUCUUUUCCAUCGUUCUCUCGGAAGAGCUUUAGCUAUAGGUGUAAGAUAUAGUUUAUUUAGAAAAUAAUUCAAAACUAGUGAUGGAGUUGAAAGAUAAGUUAUUGAUUAUCAAACAUAGCAAGAAAAAUUAUUUAUUCCUCUUGCUGACUCUUAUGCUUUUUGUGCUUCUUCAAGCUAAAUUAUGAGCCGUUUUGCUGAAUUCUAAAAAGAAAUAGAAGGUGGAGACUUUUCUAAUUUAAAUGAAAUGCAUAUUAUCUGUUCUGGUGCUAAAGCAUACCACACUGAAUAUCCAUUGGCUCAUAUGGAAAAUAUUAGACUCUCUUGCGGUGGACAUGGUUUCUCUCAUUACUCUGGUCUUCCUAGUAUUGUUGAAGGUUUUAAACCUUUAGUUACUUUAGAAGGAGAAAACACCAUCAUGUAUUUAUAAGUUGCCAGAUUCUUAAUUAAAGGAUUAACUGCUACUCUUAAGGGUGCUGAAAGAGUUCCUUCUUCUAUAUAAUAUCUUAAAGCUGGAUUAGAUUUUGUAGAAACUAAAUUAGAAGCUGAUACAAUCUCUUAAAUUUUAGAUUUGGAUGUACUUAAAAAAAUUUUGGUUGUUAAUGCAACUUAUUAGAUUAAGAAUGUUGGAAUGAAAAUGCAAAAGCUUUCUCUUGAAGGUAAAACUAAUUAACAAAUUUGGGACACUUUGAUUGGAAUAUAGCUUGUUGAUGCUGCUAAAGCUCACAUGCUUUACUAUACAUUCAUUAAUUUUUACCAAUAAAUUGUCACUAAUGAUUAUCUUAGUGAAAAUUCAAAGACCAUUCUUAAAUAAUUGUGUCGUCUCUUUGCUAUUGCUAAGAUUAAUGAAAAACCUCACGGAUUAAUUGAGUCAGGAUUUAUAAACCCAUCAUAAAUUUCUUUACUCAAACAAGCUCAACAUUCAUUAUACCCAUCAAUUAGAGAAUAAGCUUUAGGAUUAGUUGAUGCAUUUGGUUUCAAAGACGAGCAAUUAAGAAGUGCUCUUUCUAUCUCAGACGGUAAAGUAUACGAAACUCUCUUGGAUUGGGCUAAAAAUCAAAAUCCUUUAAAUGAGAGUUACUUUGCUCCUGGAUACGAAAAUAUCUAAAAAAUGGGACAAAUUACCCCUAAACCUCUUCUUUGA